AUGUGCCCAACAGUGUUAUUCACGGCUGCCCAAAAAAUACGCUGGAGGAGGGAGUGGCGAUCGGCGCUGGUGGUGCGAGGAUUGGGGAGAAGGGUCUCGUAUCUCCCAUUAGCGCGUAGGCUGAACUUCUUAUGGGCACGAAACGGAACCAUCCAGAUUACUGAUAUGAAAAACGGGUGCUUUUUGGUGCGGUUUAAAAAUAAACUUGACUAUGAGAUGGCAGCAUACGGGGGCCCUUGGCUUCUUGGGGAUACUUACCUGGCAAUCCACCGAUGGUACAAGGGUUUUAACCCGUGGACAUCUGAAAUAAAGUCGACGUUAGUUUGGGUUCAGCUGCCGGAGUUGCCGGUGGAGUUCAUUAAUGCAGAGGCUGUGAUGCAAAUUGCAGGCCUGAUUGGGCGCCCGGUUCGUGUGGACAGGGCGACGGAACUGGGAGCAAGGGCAAAAUUUGCUCGGGUGUGUGUGGAAGUUGAUCUGACAAGGCCUCUGUUAUCACAGUAUAAGGUUGAAGGGAUUACGUACUUAAUCCAGUAUGAGGGGUUGCAGAAUAUAUGUGGGGAAUGCGGAUUGUAUGGGGACGGUGGGAAGGAAUGCAGGUGCAUGAAAAAGAGUAGGGAGGUGCAUGAGGAGGAUGUCUCUAUGGUGCCGGAAACGCAGGAACAGGACCAAACUAAUGGAAGGGUGUAUGGAGAUUGGAUGAUGGUUCAGAGAAAGCCACGGAAGCAGGCUGGCCGAGACGGGGGGAAGAACGCAAAAGUUCCAGAAAAGUUUAAUAAUAGAUUCGACGUGUUGCAUGAAGUGGAUGAGGGCCAUGCAUUCAACGUUGAGGUUGGAAAGGAAAAGAUGGGGAGGGAUAAGGAUUUGGAGGAGGCUACUUAUACAGGGAAGAGUUCGGAUGGGAAGGGGGAAGUGGUGGGGAAGAAUGACAAGGUGGGACUAAAGAGCAAGGGCGAGAAGGGUAGGGAGAGCGGGAAAGGAAGAGGAGAGGAUUCUAUUCCCCAUAGUAAUAAAUAUGUUAAAAAGGCUACUGGCCCCAGCCAUGGACAACAACCGAAGUUGAAAGAAAAACCCAGUUUACAAGGGAAGGGGACGAGUGAGAAGGGAGGGGGUGUGGGAAGUCUAUUCAACUAA